AUGGGCAAGAGCAGAAUUGCAAUUGUGGGAGACGUCCAUGGCGCGUGGGACUCAAAGCUGGAUGCCCAAGCCUUGGAGCUUCUCAAGCCGGAUCUGGUGCUGUUUGUGGGCGACUUCGGCGACGAGAACGUCCAGAUCGUGCAAGAGAUCAGCAAGCUUGGAAUGCCCAAGGCGGCAAUCCUAGGCAACCACGACUGCUGCUACAGCGCUGCACACAAGCCGACGCCCAAGAAGUGCAGCAGCGCCACCAAGAGGUUGGAUCAGAUGCUCAAAGCCCUGGGCGACGAUCACGUCGGCUACAGGCGCAAAGACUAUCCAGACUUGAAGCUGAGCGUAAUUGGAGUGAGGCCCUUUGCAACCGGCGGCAACAGGUUUUACAACUCGGAAUUCCUGUCCAGCACCUACGGCGUGGACAACAUGGAGCAGAGCGCCACAAGAAUCGCCCACCUGGCCCUGUCCGCGCCCGAGGGCCACUCGCUUGUGUUCCUGGGCCAUAACGGGCCCGCGGGCCUGGGCUCUCAGCCUGGUGACAUUUGCGGCAAGGAUUUUGACAAAGGCGGUGGAGGUGAUCACGGGGAUCCGGACUUUGCUCGGGCUCUAGAUAUGGUCCGGGAGCAGGAUGCAUCCAGGGUGGCGCUAGUGGUGUUUGGACACAUGCACAGGCAACUUCUUGGUUACAAUCGUGGCAAGCAACGCAAAAUGUGUUUGUGUGAUGCCAAAAGUGCUGCCAAGACGGGGACGGUCUACGUAAAUGGAGCCGUUGUGCCGCGCUGCGAGGACGAGCGGAGGCACUUCACAGUGGUGGACAUGGCAGCGGGGCGGGUCGAGAGCGUCAGGGAGACUUGGGUUGCGGUUCCAAAGGAUGGGCCGGCUCAUCUUGCAUGUGAGGAAGUCUUGUUUGCUCACAGGCCAGUCCUGGCUGUCAAAAACAGAGCACAGAGAGUUCCAUCCAACAAUGUUUGCGCUGCUACGGCAAAACUAAAAGCUAGCAUUUUUUAG